AUGACAUGGUGGUGUAGAACCACAGGUGUUAAUCAUUCUCACCCUGAACGGGUCCAACAAAUGUCCUUUCAAAAGAGUGCAAGCAAUUUCAAAAAGGGAUUUGCCGCUGCGGGCGUUUUGAUGGGCCUGAGUUUCCUUGGGUUCUUUGCUUCAAUCAAGUACACGGAACGCCUCCAACGGGAGCACUGGCGGAAGAAACGUGAAAUACUACGCCAGAGGGAAACAUCCGAACGUGGCUCGUGA